AUGUAUAUUACUCCAUUAGUUACUACUAUAUUGUUUACACUAAUUCAUGGAAUAUUCUCAAAAAGCGUCGAACUUACCUUUGAAUUACCUGAUAGUGCAGUAGAAUGUUUUUUCCAAGACAUAGAAAAGAAUACCUCAGCGGCACUUGAAUACCAGGUUAUUACAGGCGGUCAAUAUGACGUCGAUGUGAAAAUAGAAGGUCCCAAUAAGCAAAUAAUCUAUCAACAACAAAAAAUGCAGUAUGACUCCCAUCAGUUUACUGCACAACAAACAGGUAUAUACAAAGUGUGCUUCAGCAAUGAAUUUAGUACAUUUUCACAUAAGUUGGUAUAUAUGGAAUUAAAUGUGGGCCCUGAGAAACCAUUGCCAGGUGUCGGAGAGCAUGCAACUGUUCUUACACAGCUGGAAACUUCUGCAGAAGAAAUUCACUCAGCCCUUAAUAGAAUUAUUGAUCAUCAAACACACCACAGGCUAAGGGAAGCUCAAGGUCGCAAGAGAGCAGAAGAUCUAAACGAGAGAGUAUUCUGGUGGUCAAUGGGAGAGACACUAGCAAUAGUAUGUGUUACAUUUGCCCAAGUUAUGGUUCUAAAGAAUUUCUUCAGUGACCGACCUACUGUAUACAAUCGAAUGUAA